AAGUAGUGUUUCGUUUUCAGAUGCCACCAGAGCUACUUUACCUUGUGGUGUUAUUUAUUGUUACAAGUAAUAGAUGGACAGCACGGUUGUUAUAUCUCCUGAUAAACAAUUACAGCGCUAUUUGGGCUCCCUAAGUAAGUGUAUGACUGGGUAUUUGGUUCAAAGGAUGUCCAGCUGUUUGUCCCGAUCCCACACAAUCACGGCGUACGAAGCACAGGUUAUCACAUCCCAGCCCACGGACAUGCAGAAAGCCUCCAGGCUGAUGCAGAUUGUCAUUAAAAAAGGUCAAAGUGCAUGCAGUUCGUUCCUCACAUGCCUUGGAAUUUGUGACCCGGUGUUGUAUGAGAAUCUUACUGGAUUCCCAGCACAAUUUAAUGAAGAGGACCAUCAACAUGUAGAGCAAAUUCCUCUCUCAGAAAAAUUGCAAUUUACACCUUGUAUUAUAAACAUACAAAACUCUUCCCUGACCAACUGUAUUAUUGGGAACAACAAUCGCCAGUGCAUUACCUGUGACCAGCAUUCUUUGCUCGCUCAGAAUGAUGCAAGCAAUGUGAAUGAAAUGCCGGAUAUUCAGAGCAGUGAUCAACUGAUCCCAGUGCAGGACACAAUAAGUGUCAACAGCAUUCACAUGGAGAGAUCCGACAUAGAGUAUGUUAUUAUAGGCGACCAUAACAGUAUGACAGUCACUGAGAACUCGGAGGUUGAGGAGGAUACGGAGAUUGAGCCAGAAGUGAUUGGUUAAUAGAUGUGAAAAAGGAGGGCAGACUCGCAGUUUUGGAGAGCUGCGGAUUGUCAACUCGCCUUACCGGGCCUGACCUAUAAUUGGACACUGAAAGCAUAAUAUAUGCUUUAAACUGACCAGUGCUCAGGUCCUCAGCAGGUGCUGCCAAAUGCACUGAAACAUUAUCCUUUAUCGUGGAUUUUUCUAAACCUGUGUGCCUUGAGGUGGCAAUGAUAUUUGAUACUGCCUUGAUUGUUACUGAACAUGACUGCUACUGACUGUUUCUCAUGUUUUAAUGGGUACACCAAUAUUUAUUUGUUCAACAGAAAUGUAUGAAAGCAAAUACGUUGACUGACACUGCAAUCAUUGCAAGUCUUUUAUAAGCUUAAGCUUUCUGUAAUGAUACAUAAGUAAUGUUUACAGUCUUAUGUCUUUCAAUAAUAUUUGUAUAUAUAACUUAACUUAAUAUCUAUUGAUAUUAAUUGUGAUAGAUACUCCUGAUGUUUCAAUAGAUAUUCUG